AUGUUUGAUCCGUAUGAAGAAAUAAAAAGCGCAGAAAAGGCGCACACUCUGAGCGAGCAAAAAGAGCACAUUUCUGCCGUCAAGGAGGCGGUUGGGCAUCUCAUAAAAAAAGACAAGCCGCUGGAAAAUCUGCACGAAAUACAUAGCCAGCUCGAGGGCGUGCAAAAAGCACAGGAGGCGACAGGCAAGCCCGUGAAGCUGUCCUCAGACUUAAUUGCCAAAGUGAAGGCGCUUUCUGAGCACCCCAUAGUGAAAAGGGCUGUGGAAAGACGGCCUGCCGUGCAAAAGAACUGCCGCACUCUCUUCGAUUACACGGGGUAG